AUGCCGCUGCAUAUUAAUGACGAUGACAUGGAUAAAUUUCACAAUGAUCACUUUAUAACAGAACGACCUCGAUCUGAAUUCACGAUGCUCUCCUAUACGGUCCACGCCCUCCAGAUUGUUGCUUUAGUACGAGAUUCUGUUGAUUUUCGCAACUCCGUAUCUGAAACACCACACCAGAAAGCCGAAGCUUUAGCUUGGAAGAAUGAACUCAACAAGAAAUACGAGAAGCUUCUGAUUGAACUACCCUCGCACUUCCGACCUGGGAGUAUAGUUGGUCUCACAUCAACAGGUCCCUUGGCAGCGGCACCGGUGCAACAAUGGAUGCUACAACAACAACUCUGGGGCCUAUUCCUACGACUUUAUCGAGGAAACAUGUCUCUUACAAGUCGCUCUACCUGCAAGAUUCUCGCACAAAAUAUCAUUAGUAGCAGUGCUCAAGUUCAAACACGAUGCACUGUCUGCGGUACCUUAUCGAUCAGUGAUGUUCAACUCUUCAAUGCUGCUGCCGUGCUGCUUAUUGAUCUUCUCUCCAAAUCCACAUCUGAUAGUUCAGCUGGAUCAGAAGGUGACCUUAGUCGAGUAAUCGCCAAAGACAAGAUUCAAGAAGCCAUUGAGUUGCUCAGAGCACGAGCUGAUUCUCGAAUGGCCCAACCAUUUGUGGAAACUCCGUCUCAGGGACAAAUAUCAUCUACACAACGAAGUAUUAUUGUCUUGGACGCCUUGAUGAAACUAGCCCAAGAGUCCACUCAUGAUGAGAGGAGAACUUGGGAUACCAGCAAAUCUCUCAAAAGCAAGGUGAUUGAUCUUCUGCCUACUUUUUUGCAGGGAAGCAAAACCAGCAUGUCCCCGGCGCAUGACUCGGACUUUAUCACCUCUGAGAACACAAUAAUGUCUCUUUCUAACACUUUGGAUGGUGGAUUUGGUGACUUGGAUGUUCUUCCCAUACUAUCCAAUGAUCUGGAGUGCGAUUUUUGGCAGUUCUUGGACUUCGCUCCCGAUAAUUUGGAGUCCCAACUUACUCCGCAGGAUGAGAUGCUCAGCUCAAGUUAG